AAGAACUUGUUUUAGCUCCAAAAUCAAUUUCAAAACAUCGUAUUAGAGCCAAAAACUCGAAGUUUUCCUGGGUUUACCAUAUUUCAGCUUUGUCUGUUCUGGGUUUUUUGUUUCUUAAAAAUUUAACCUUGUUUUUAGUUUGUUGAACUUAAAAUUCCAAAUGUGUUUUUGAUAAAAUCUCAGGAAGUUUAAGUUUUAACUAUGGAGUCGAGAGAAGCUGUUAAUAAUACUAGUAAUUCCGCACCAACUACUACUGCCACUACUGGGGUAACCGUGGUAGGAUCUGAUGCUCCAUCAAACUACCACAUAGCUCCAAGGUCCGAAAACUCGACCCAAAAUCCUAGCACGAAUCUUGGAUCAGCUCCGCCGCAGAUUCCUCCACAACCGGCGUCGCAACCAGUCCUUAAAACGGUUGCGGUGGCGGGGAUGCCGCUGAAGAAGAAGAGGGGAAGACCAAGGAAAUAUGGACCGGAUGGUUCAGUCACUAUGGCGCUCUCUCCGAAGCCUAUAUCAACGGCUGCGCCACCUCCGGUGAUCGACUUCUCAGUUGGGAAGAGAGGGAAAGUGAAGACGCCGACGUCGUUUUCGAAGGCUAAGUUCGACCUGGAGAAUAUAGGUGAAUGGGUUGCAUGCUCUGUUGGGGCUAAUUUUACACCACAUAUCAUCACUGUUAAUUCUGGUGAGGAUGUCACGAUGAAGAUUAUAUCGUUUUCACAACAAGGGCCACGAGCUAUAUGCAUUCUCUCUGCAAAUGGGGUGAUCUCAAAUGUCACUCUUCGUCAGCCCGAUUCCUCUGGUGGCACACUGACAUAUGAGGGUCGAUUUGAGAUACUAUCCUUGUCUGGUUCAUUCAUGCCCAAUGACACUGGUGCAACAAGAAGCAGAUCUGGUGGGAUGAGUGUUUCAUUAGCAAGUCCAAAUGGUCGUGUUGUGGGUGGUGGAGUUGCUGGUCUCCUAGUAGCUGCUGGCCCUGUGCAGGUUGUAGUGGGCAGUUUUCUAGCAGGGAACCAGCAUGAGCCGAAGCUUAAGAAACAGAAGCACGAGUCAUUUUCAGUUGCCACACCGGUGGCUGCUAUUACGGUUUCUUCUGCUGAUCCGAAAUCAAUCACUACAUCCUUCCGCAGUGAUAGUUGGCCUCCUUUGCCUUCAGAUACAAGGAAUAAUCCCACUGACAUUGAUGUCUCAGUGCCCGGAAGUUAAUCUAAACUUUCCGACAUUAUUUUCCAGUACAAGUUUUCCAAUACUUACUGUACCGAAAAACAAAGCACAAUUGAUGAAA